AUGUCCAUGGACAACAGAAAAAGGCCGGUGGGUUCCUCCAACACUGGAAACUUGGUUUGCUGGUCCUCCCCGUUUCCGCGUCAACCUGCCAGGGUCCUGAUUGUGGAGGCACUGCCACCCUGGUGGUCAGAGACCUGUAUGGUGCUCUGUGAUGCUCUGGAUAACUUCCUGUCCCUAGCCUGUAGUCUGGAUGGACCCUGUAGGAUACCUCUACUCAGCCUGUAUGCCAUCAGCAGACAGCAGGAAUGUCUACUGCCGUUUGUGCAGGUUCGUGGUAACCUGGCCAGGCUACGUUCCUGUGUUGAGGAGCUGAGGACAAUUCCAGGUGAAGGCUGUAUCAGAGGAGCAGCCAGAGGAGGAGAGCUGCUGCGGCAGGCAGUGCUGGACAGUCUGCAGCAGUUUAAACAGUACAUCAGACAUACCAGUGCUGGCAGCCAGGCCAGCAACAGCAUAUCUGUGGAGAUCACUGUUAUGACCAGCCAGCCAGGGCGAGGCAUUGUUCGCCAGUUGGAGAUGGGGCUCAAAGAUGCUGACCUGGUGUCACUAAAGCGGCUCCUGGUGGUGCAGAUCUACAAUGCGGCAGACUGGGGUCAGGACAACCUCUCACCUGAAGCCACACAGACUGAGGCUGAAGACUCUCUGAUGUUGGGAACAGAGGUUGAUCUGCAGCGGGUGGAAAACAGCGUGUUCGCCAUGGAGACGGUAUUUAAGGUUUGGCUUCAAGAGCAAGCAGGAGACAGAGAGCACCUGCAUCUCCUGCUGCCCAACCCUCUGGACAGUCCCAUUCCAGUGUGUGUGAAGUGUGACAUGCAGGAGCGUCUGAUAAGCCCAGCCCUCAUCCCACUGAACUCCAACCUCGGAGUGAAGACUGAGAGCAUCCGGGACUUCCUGCCUGCCACUAAGGGAUCAGCCAAUCAGAGCCAGCAGCCGCAGAGACUGAAAGCAGUCAAGAGUCUGCGUGCAGACGGAGUGUGUGAGAGUGUGUUGUAUGGCCUGCCGCUGGUGAUCCGCCCAACCACCUGCUGGCAGCUGGACUGGGAUGAAAUGGAGAGCAACCACAACUUGUUCCACGCUCUCGGCCACACACUCAGGAGUCGUGACUUGUUCCUGCUGCUGCAGGUGGAGCCCGCGCAGAGGUCCACAGCGGGAGGCCCAGGUGUGUAUUCUCACUACAUCCUCCAGCCGUCCCUGUCUCUGUCCCUCCUGCUGAAGCCUGUGGUCUCCAGAGAGCUGCUGCUGCCCUGCUCUCUACCUGUCUCCACUCAGGAACCUGCACCUGAUGCCAUGCACACUAUACAGGGUUGUCUCGCUCAGCUGGAUGAGGAGUGUGUGUUCAACCCUCUGUCUCUGAGCAGUAACCUGUACCAGCACCUCAGGAGCAGAGGCCUGCUCUCACAGCCACGAUACCCAUACAGGCUGCAGCCAGCAGCCGCCCACAGAGACCAGUCUCAACCACUAGAGGGCCCUAAAGCUACAGGCAACAGACAGCAGCGGCAGCCACAAAACCAGGGUCGCCAAGUGGGAAUGAACAGCAAGGUCAGGGCCACUGUGGCUCCUCUGCCCUCGUCCUCCUCCCACUCCUCCUUCCUGGGACCUCCUCCUGCUAAGGCCUCUCGUCCAGCUCUGAAGCUCCUUAGCAGCAGUGGGAGAGGAAGCCGUCAGGCCCCAGCCCCUACUCAACAGGAGGAAGACAAAGAUGAUGAUGACUCCAUGGUAAUACAGUAA